AUGAAUGAGAAUAGGCUUAAAGCUUCAGAAGCCAUUGUGCAAAGUUUGUCUGCUUUAGCGAUUGGUUUACUGGCGCUGCAAACUGGUUUCGUUUACGCAUGGCCAUCAUACAAUUUAGCCAACUUUGUAUCCAACGAAACCGUGCUGAGCGCUCCCAUAUCCACAUUGCAGGUCUCACUGCUGGGUAGUUUGCCUAAUUUGGGCGGAUUUAUAGGCAUGCCCGUCUGUGGCUGGAUCUUUAGCACUUUUGGAAGAAAAUAUGGGUCCAUGCUAUUUGGUGUACCGUACCUUGUUGCAUGGUUGAUAAUAUCCUUAACGAACAAUAUCACGCUGAUUCUAAUAGCGGUCACCAUAGCAGGUACUGGAAUUGCCGGUCAAAAUAUUUCAACAAUGUUUAUGUCAGAGAUAGCACAUGUUUCAAUAAGAGGUGGAUUAACUUCUAUUUCAUCAUCAGCUUACAUGACUGGUCUUUUAUUAGCAAAUAUAAUGGGUGGUCAGUUCGACUAUAUGACGAUGAUAAUAAUUAAUUUAUCAGUAUCGGUAUUGACGAUAAUGCUGCUUUCAUUAAUACGGGAUUCCCCCGUAUUCUUGGUUUUGGUCGGCAGAGAGGAGGAAGCAGCAAAAUCAAUAGCAUUCUAUAGACGUUUAGAUGUCAAUUCAGAUCAAGUGAAGGCGGAGGUAGACAAGAUCAGAAAUACUAUGGAUCCAAAAUUGGAGACGUUGCUUCAAGAAAAAGAGUUAGGGCAGGAAUUAGAUCUCAAAACAGCAGACAGUUUGAUAGAGAAAACCGAAGUGAAAAAGAAAGAGGAAAACAUAUCUGCUUGGCGGUUUUUAUUGAGAUCAAAGUCAUCAAAGAGGAUCCUUGUGAUUCUUCUAACUAUGAUAGCAAUGACGAUCUUAACUGGGGGCAUCAUCUUACAAGUUUAUACUGAACCGCUGUUUGCUGAGGCGGCGCCAUCUAUGUCUGCCAAUCAGUGUGCCAUUUUUGCUGCGAUUAAUUCCUUCAUUUCCAGUUUAGUUAACAUGGUCGUGAUAGAUAGACUUGGCAGAAAGGCCAUCUUAAUGGUCACAACAGCUAGUACAGGAAUUUGCACGGGAUUAUUGGGUCUUCAACUGCAGUUGCACUUUGCCCCCAACUGGUUCACUGUAGUGCUUAUAAAUGUGUAUGCUUUUAUGUACACUGCUGGGCCUGCUACAAUACCAUUUGUACUAGCAUCCGAAGUAUUCCUGCCAGAGGUUGGAAGCCUCUGCAACACUUUUUGCUACUCCUUCGUGUGGCCCUUCUUCUUCAUCGCCCUCAGUGUCUUCCCUCCAAUAGUAGAGUUCCUGGGCCUUGGACCUAUUUUCUACAUCUUCUGUUUCAUGUCAUUUGCAGUUUUCUUGUUUAGUCUAUUUUAUUUACCCGAAACUAAAGGUUUGGCUGUUGAUAAAAUUCAGAUGCUAUUUUUAAAGCAGCAAAAGUAA